GUUGAGGGGCGGCCCCACCCUCGGCGCAGGGAGGGGGGGGGGCGGUGUCGCCUCACAGCGCGCCCGCCGCCAUUUUGGCUGCGGUCGCGUCGCUUCCGCUGCCGCCCAGUAAACAGGGAAAGAGGGAGAGGGGCGGCGGGACGGGGCGGCCAGACACACAGAUAAACGGAAAGAUAGACGGUCGGCGACGGCUGCCGUGGAGGGGCUCAUGUGGCCGGAGCGGAGGCGCCAGCGCGGCCCGAGUCCUGGUUGAGGCGAGGCGCAGCGGGGAGCCGCCAGAAUGAAACGAGGGAGGAAAACUGAUGAGGCCAACAACAGUUCAUCUGAAGAGACGAGUGAGAAAGAAUCCAAGAGACACAAGAUCGCAGAUGAGAAAGCCAUAGUCGCGCAGAGUCCUGACUGGGGUAACCUGCUCCAAGACAUUAUCCUGCAGGUAUUCCAGUACCUGCCCCUUCUGGACCGUGCUCAUGCAUCGCAGGUCUGCCGAAGCUGGAACCAAGUGUUUCACAUGCCUGAUCUCUGGAGGUGUUUUGAGUUUGAACUGAAUCAACCAGCCACGUCUUACCUGAGGGCUACGCAUCCUGAACUAAUCAAGCAAAUAAUAAAGAGGCAUUCCAAUCACUUGCAGUAUGUAAGCUUCAAGGUGGACAGUAGCAAGGAAUCUGCAGAAGCAGCUUGUGAUAUUUUAUCACAGCUUGUGAACUGCUCUUUGAAAACACUUGGACUAAUUUCAACAGCCCGGCCAAGCUUCAUGGAUUUACCAAAGUCUCACUUUAUUUCUGCACUGACUGUGGUGUUUGUAAACUCCAAAUCACUCUCUUCGCUUAAGAUUGAUGACACGCCAGUAGAUGAUCCAUCUCUCAAAGUGCUAGUGGCUAAUAACAGUGACACACUCAAGCUGCUGAAAAUGAGCAGUUGUCCUCAUGUUUCUCCAGCUGGUAUCCUGUGUGUGGCUGACCAGUGCCAUGGUUUACGUGAACUGGCGCUCAACUACCACCUGCUGAGCGAUGAGCUGCUGCUGGCUCUGUCUUCUGAGAAACACGUCAGGUUGGAACACUUGCGCAUUGAUGUUGUCAGUGAAAACCCUGGGCAGACUCAGUUCCACACCAUUCAGAAGAGCAGCUGGGACGCUUUCAUCAAGCAUUCUCCUAAAGUAAACUUAGUAAUGUACUUUUUCUUGUACGAAGAAGAGUUCGACCCGUUCUUUCGCUAUGAGAUACCCGUCACUCACCUUUAUUUUGGAAGAUCAGUAAGCAAGGAUGUGCUUGGCCGUGUUGGCAUGACGUGCCCUCGGUUAGUGGAGCUGGUUGUGUGCGCCAAUGGAUUACGGCCUCUGGAUGAGGAGCUGAUCCGUAUUGCCGAGCGGUGCAAGUAUCUGUCAGCUGUCGGCCUAGGGGAGUGUGAAGUCUCUUGCAGUGCCUUUGUCGAGUUUGUGAAGAUGUGUGGCGGUCGUCUCUCUCAGCUUUCGAUUAUGGAGGAAGUUUUGAUUCCUGACCAGAAAUACAGCUUAGAGCAGAUCCACUGGGAAGUUUCAAAGCAUCUCGGUAGAGUCUGGUUCCCUGACAUGAUGCCCACAUGGUAAAGUCCUUAAAAGACUUCAGGGCAGACGGAAUAGCACCUUAAACCCAAGCUUAUCACGUUGCAAUUAACUGUGCAAGCUUACUUAAUACUGUAGUUUAUUACUGUAAGCCACUGCGUUGUUUGAUGGAAAAUUAUUUAAAAAUUAUUUAUGAAAUCCAGAGUUAAAAAUGAAAAUCACGAAUCACUCAAAACCUUUUUGAUCCAAACAAAACCUGUUUUCCGUUUUAGAUUUUUUUCAUUGAUGGCUCAAAUUUUUAUGGAAAAAAAAAAUAAGCAUUGAAAUGUACCUGUACACUAUUAGUAUCAAUAUCCCAUCCUUUGAUUUUUAUAUGCUAAUAUUGAAUGCAAUUGGAUUUGAUCUAAAAGCAACAUAAAUUGCAUGCUCUGCAGACUCUGGCAAUUCUAAAUCCAGUUACCUAGAUGACAGGAUUAAGAUUAUAAGGAAAAUUGAGGAGGCUGUGAAAUAUGUAUAUUCUUUUAUGUAAGAGUUGUAAAAAGCAAGAGCAAUACACAAUAUUGUAAGUUAGAUAAUUAAAAUACCGAAUUCGCUACCUUAUUCAGCAGACUAUUAGAUCCAUCUAAAAUUUAUUUAGAGUGUAAACAAACAGUAGUGAGAGCUACCACAAGUGGUUUGCUUUUUUUUUCUUCUAGAUGUUUUAAUAUAGUUUGCUUAUGGGGUCUCAGAUUCACGUCUAAACCUGUUUUAAGGUAUUUAUGUCUAGCUCAGGAAGCGCAAGCAUUCUGGGGAAAAAUGUAGAUACAUUGUAUUUAAAAAACACAUUGGAGUUAAUGAGCUCUUCCUGCACAUUAACCAGUUUUUGCAGCAUAUGGGUAGAUGGAAUGAUGUACAGUUUAUUAAAUGGACGCUGCAGUGUUUAGUGGGAUGACAUGGAUGUCGACAGUGUGAGAUGAGAAAGGUGAAACUUUGGUGACCAAGAACCUUUUAACUAAAUCAUAGAUACAUUGGUUGCUUUCAGUUUGAGGAAUAACGGUAUUGUAACAAUUGCUUAAGCUGUAUAAAUUAAUUGUACACUGUAAAUCUGUUUCAGAAAUGUUUAUGUAUAAAGUGAAUGUUUGAUAGAUGAUCAUUUUGUAUACCUUUUAAUUCAGCUAGUUCAAUCAUUUCAUAUUUAAAAACCUAAAAGCAGUAAACUUGUGUGAAGUAGAGCAAUAGGCAAAAAUUUGUUUUGAAUAUUUGGUAAAUGAAUAUUUUUGUUUUGAAUAUUUGGUAAAUCUUUUUUUUUUUUAAACUUUUAGUCUUAUGUGGUGUAGGCGACAUGCAGCCUGUGAUUUGGGUGUGGCUUGUGACUUCAUUUCUUACUGCCAACAGUUACAUUAUUUUUUCCCUCUAUUAAUUGGUAACGCUAAAGUAUUGAUGCGACUCAUGAAUGUGAUUUUGAAAGGUGUGAUUGGCCGUCAGCAAGGAAAGCUUCUCUGGCUGUACUGAACUUAGCUGGUGGCUUCUCCUUGUUUGAGCUGUACAGCUGAUUCUGGUAAUGAGUAGGUUUCUAAUGCCUGUUUUCAGUAACGUUUAUCCUAAUGUAAAGUUCAAUGGUAAUACGCUUAUGAGCAUAUUUAAGUUCAUAACUGUAUUUUGAGCAAGCACUGCUCAGUGGACUGGAUGUCUUUAUAGGGGAGUUAUGUUUCUGUAGAGCUGUGGGAUUUAAAAAUCGCGGUUUAUGAAAUACACAUUUUUGUAUGAGAAUUUGUUAAUGUAAUACUAUAAUAUGCUUUUAUUUGUAUAAAAGGUGUCAAUAUAUAUAGCCCGUGACAUUAAAAAAAAAAAACAAACAAAGCUCAGUGUUUUUUUUUUUAUAUUCUGACUCUCAAAGUUGCCUGUGUGGUGAAGUUGAGUAACGUUAAUAAUCUGGGGAAGAGGGGAGUGUUUUCACUAAGUUGGCGUAUGAAGUAAUCUCAUCUAGUAAUGCAGAUAAAAUCUCUUUGGACCUUGGCUCAUGUUCUGAUGCUGCCAAGGUAAGCGAUACGUGGUCUGUGGCUCGCCGCUGUGGUAGCGGGAAUAACUGAAAGGCGAGAUGGAUAACCCAGAUACCACAACUUCCUCCUGCCAGGAACUCGGAUCUUUGAAUUCCAGCCUUCUGCUUCUCAUGGAGAGAAAUCCAUCAGAUCCUGAGGUAGCGAGCGUGCCGACGUUUGAAGGCUUUAUGUGCAGUUGUAAUUGAACUGCUCACCCCUGCAAGGUAACUGGUGUCUUUUUCUGAGAAGGUCUCUGUUCUGUUGCAUAAACUUCUGUACCAACUAAGAAGGACUUCUUGAUGUGACACACACUCAGUGUUCAAGAAGAAAACCACGUGAAGCAAUCUUCUGUCUCUUUAGUUUAAGGUUUGCAGUUUUUAUACAUCAAACCAAUCCUCAGCUCAACUAAUCCAGUGAUAAAACUUCCCAGGCAUAUCUAAUUAUUCUCAGGAAAGGCUACAAUGCUCCUUUUUAAACAAGUCUUGUGAUAUUUUUAUUUUGCUUUCUACAUAUUGGAAUGAUUGAAUGAUUUAAAAAUUUAAAAAUCUACAAUGUAACUUGUAAUAGGAAUAUCAUACAUAGGCUGUCACAGAGCCACUAGAAACAUGAACGGUGGUGUCUUACAGCUGUAUAAAAUGAUCUUUCCUGGGUUCAUCUUUAUCUCUUGUUUUCAGAAGAUAAUCCCAUGUUAGACUGAUUGUCCAGUUUUUGGGUAGUUGUUGUUAAUGCAGGCAGUGACAAAUCGUAUCUCUGAACACAAGUUUUACAUCACUUCAGUAUUUGGAUACAAAACCAGUCUUGAAAAUUGAUGCCAAACAGCUGAGAUAAUCCUGACACUAGCUUAAAUUGUAUCAAAACGGGAGUAAUUUAACAGCAACUACAUACAUUAAUUUUGUAGUUUCCUGUGAUUUGCCUAAAGCUACAAACUUGUGAAUUUAAGUGGGUUUUGCAGGAUUUUUUGUAAGAAACUUUCAAUAAUAUUAUGCAAACAUAUUUAACUGCAUAGAUACAAACCAAAAGUAUCUACUCCAGUUGAUGUUAAAAGCUUGCUUCAUUUUCUGUUAAUUUAAAGCAGAAUUGAACCGUGGCUCGUUACAUUUGGAGUAGGCCUGAUGAAAGCCUGAACACUGUUACUUUGCUUCAGAGGCACCUGUUCAGUGUCUGGCUGAUCACAAGCGGGGUUGUAAAAGUAAGUUCUGCUGCUUUAUCAAAAACUGGAGCAUUGUGUUAAUGAGGAAUUUAUUUUUUAAAAUCUUAAAGUAACUCAGAACUUCAGUGUCUGUAGUUCAGGCUACAAAAUGUGAAUUAAUUUUCCUAAAAUACUGGUGCUGUAGAAACAAAUACCUUGGAGAUACGGUUUAGGUUUCCUUGUAUCAAAACUAGGACAGUGAACCCACAAUUAACCUUAGAUGCCCCAUAAUAUGAUCUGUUCAUCUGUUUCAUUAGCUUUCUCUUGCAGGAUUACAUCCGAUGCUGGCUGUUGUAGUUCUGUACUUUGAAAUAGUGACUGGGGGGCAUCUUCUGCAUCCUCUUGGCAUUUCAUCGCAAAAAGCGAAGGAACGCAGGAAGCUUAGCUGUUGUGUUGUAUGAGUAAGGAGAAGUACUCGUGGUUCCUUAUGUUGUACUUCACCUGUUGUGUAAUCUCAUAUGGAUGGAUAUCAAAUACAUGUUAAAGAACCGUAUGAUCAAGAUUGCCAGUUUGUGGGCCUUAGUCAGGGGCCAUUAUUUCAAAGACCAAUUAAACCAUUAAGGCAAGAGUUUUGGCAGAUGUAUCAUAACCCCUUUGCUAUUUUAACCUGCAGGAGCAGUAUUUAAUAGAUAAGGUGCCACCCCCUGACCAAAGACCUGAAUGUGGGGAGUCAGAAGGUGGGAGGAUACAUGGCAUAGGAGGGAAGGAGAAUUAAGUUUAAUUUCUGAAUUCCAUAGCUUAAGUCUCUGAAGGUAACAAGUCUGGGCUGGGAGUCCUGUAGACCUACCUGAUGGCUCAGCUGUGGUGACUUCAGUACCAGAAGAGCCUCAACAGUGCUGCCCCCACCCUCAGUGACAGGGCUGAAGGAGACAGCUCUCCCUCUACUCCAGCACGGCUGUGAGUGGGGUUUGUGGUGGGGGGGAGGCAGAUGUUGCGGAGGGGUGGAUGAAGUUUUGCCUAGCAGUGGAACUGUUAAGAUUUCUCCUGUGAGAUUUCAUAACCUCAUUCUUCUCACGCCAGCUCUGAUGCUUGUGACAUUACAUGAUCUAUUGGCUAAUUACAACUAAUUAAUUUUAGUUCCUUCUAACACAAGGUCAAGGUUCUUUUAUUCUUAUGAUUUGAGUCAAAUCACUGUGUACUCCCCUCUUUGGCUGCAGCAGGCCACUAAUUCACCU